ACGCCAGAAAUGCGUACUUAAACAUUCCUUUUAGAAAAAACUGUGUCAAGUUAUCAGUAACUGGCGACGUAAGAUGGCUGCCUAAAAAAAAAAACGGUUGUCAGUGAGGCCAAGAAAUAGAUGCUCGAAAGAAAAAUGAAAGGUGAGGUCCCACAUGAACCGGGAGAGAGAAAAAAAUGUAAACUCCUUUCCAUAAUGUAUUAGUCCACAAUCAAUCAAUAACGUCUUGACAAAUCCUUAUGCAAACAAAAUUAGUAUCUGCAUGGUUAUCACUUUAAUAUUAGGUUAAUAUUUGACUAGUAAAGUCCGCAAGAUGGCAGCAACACUGGGCGUUGCACGAUGACGUCAAUUGGGAAACUGCUGUUUACUUUGUUGGAUAGCAAGCGCCUUUGUCGCUCCUUAACCGGAUGACGUCGUCCAACAAAAGUGACGGAAAGGUGGCAUAAAGGUGAGAAAAUGGCAAAUUCCGGAGAGGCCCCUGAUGCUCAAAUAGUGCAGAUCAUGAUCGGGAGGUGUAAGUUGGCAAAAAUGAGCGCAAUCGCCCGACUAGGGAAGUGGCGACAUCAAUAAAGGGUUGCCAUGUGUAAAUCAGAAGACAACGCUCACGUCGUGGAACAGCAAUCAUACACAUAAGACAAACUACAAUGGCCGAUUAGUAACUACUGCGAGUAUGUGACCCCCGGUCAGAGGAGGCCUCCCCUGCCAUCAUGAAAAGGGGAAAAAGAAAUUGAAUUGUUUUUACUAUAAAGUCAUUUUCCUUUUCAUUUCAGUCAUUUUGUAUCAUUUUGUACCAAAAUCGCUGUAUUUUCAUAGUUAUUUCAAAACCGAAGACGAUUGGCUUGCUCGGAGGAGCCAACUUCACCAGCUCAGUGGCCUAGUGGUAGAGUGUCCACCCUGAAACUGGAAGGUUGUUGGUUCAAACCCCGGCUGGCCGGGUCAUACCAAAGACGAUAAAAAUGGGACCCAUUGCCUCCCUGCUUGGCACUCAGCAUUAAGGCUUGGAAUUGGGGGGUUAGAUCACCAAAUGAUUCCCGAGGGCGGCACCCACCGCUGCUGCUCACUGCUCCCCUCUCCCCCAGGGGAUGGAUUAAAAUCACAUGGGGAUGGGUUCAAUGCAGAGGACAAAUUUCACCACACCCAGAUGUGUGUGUGACAAUGAGCAUUGGGACUUUAACUUAACAUCCUGCCUUGCCUCCUCUGAGGAUUGCGUAAUCACACGGCUGCCUAUGUUGACAGGCUAUGCAGUUAGACUGAACUGCUCUCUGUCUUUAUGUCACUGUUUAAGUGUUCAAACACGGUGGCUAUAUUAACUCAUUUCCGUAGUUAAGCUGAUGUAUAUAAUAUCUAGUGUUUUUUAUAACGUCGUGUUCUAGAUGAACAAAACGGCUUUGAAAAGAGACCCAACGGAGGCAACGAAAAAAAGCCUUAUGGCAGGGGGUGCUAGUGAUCCCGGGAUGCUACAUGCGCCCACCUGUAGAAUAAGUGAUCUCCGGUUUAAACUUCCAGUGAACAACUGAGGAGCAGUCGUCCAUUUAUUUCGUGUUACUUUUGGUUUUUGUUUUCUUUCGUUUUUACAUUUCGUUUUACAAUGGAGGAUUACAUAUCCGAAGGAUUUUCAGCGAUGGAUUUUCGGUCGAAGCAGGAUGUCACCAGUAAAGGAAGAGCAACUCCGGAGUUCAAAGGUUGGAUUCGGACAACGGGACUUCGGAGCAUGUCUUUUCAAACGGAGUGGAAGCGCCUUCGCUUGAGCCGUGGGUCGGGCGGCUCGGUGCCAAGCUCCUUCUCGCAAUCCUCCGGCCAGACGCUGAGCCCGCGCUGCUUCCUCCGUCACAGGAGAGAAGCUGGCGAAGCUCUCCGGCCGAGCCCGCGCUCAUUGCCUUGGAAGUCAUCGUCUUGAGCAAGUUGCUGACUCGUGCGGCUGACCACAUGGCGAAAAAGAACCAAAAAGACACUUUGGGGGUGGUGUUUGACACGCGCUCCAAGAUGGUCAUGUCGCAGGGAGGGCCGCCGGAGAGGAUGAAAGAAAAGAUCGGCGCCGUCAGGGCGAUCGUACCCAACAAAAGCAACAACGAGAUUGUUUUGGUGUUGCAGCAUUUUGAGAACUGCGUCGACAAGGCCGUCCAAGCCUUCCUUGAAGGGAGCGCAGCAGAGAUUCUGAAAGAGUGGAGCGUGUCCGGCAAAAAGAAGCCCAACAAGAAAAAGAAGCCCAAGGCCCAUCCGCAGGCAGCAGCGGAACCGGGCCCGUCCGAACAGGGCAAGAGCAACGGCUUCCACCCCAAUGGAUCGCUGGCGGAGUCGCUCGACUCCCUGAGCGAACGCUUGGACUCGGCUUCCCCGGACGCGUCGGAGCCGGACUCUGCGCCCAGCGCAUCGGAACUCGCCGGUGCCGGAGCAGCGAGUCCGCCCUCUGGGCCUGGAAGCGGCGAAGCGCAAGGUCGGCAGCGCAGCGACCACCCGGCGCUCCCCGAUAGACAGAGUGGGUCUGCGGGCAAAACGAUUGCUCGCAACGUGGAGCGCUCGGCCAAGGACUUGCAGCGGUGCGCCGCGUCGCUGACUCGCUACAGCGUGUUGCUGAAGGAGGAGAUGGAGUGGUCCCUCAAGAGGAUGAAGCAGACGUUUGCUGAGCUCCAGAGCACCCUAAUGGAGCGAGAAGUGACCCUGCUGGCUGAAAUGGACCGAGUGAAGGAGGAGUCCAUCGGGAUUUUGAGUGGCCGGCAGAAGAGAGCCCAAGAGCUUCGCAGGCUGACGGAACGCUCGGCGGCCAUGUCGGAAGAGCAACUGACCAAACUGCGGGACGAUAUCAAGCACUUUGUGAGCGAGCGCAAAUACGACGAGGACCUGGGCAAAGCCCUCAGGUUCACCUUCCAUCUAGACCCGCUGAAGGCCAGCAUCAUGCAAUUUGGAUCUGUUUACCACCCUCAGACGGCCUACUCGGAUGGAUCCGGGUGCAGCUCGGCGGCGGCCGGGCCCAGCAUCGCCGAAACCCUUCCCCCCGACCAGCUCCGACCUCUGCCGGCCAAGCAGAUCUUCCAAGGCACCCGGCGCACGUACCAGGGACAAGGCUAUCAGUUCGGCCGCGGCGAUCGAUGCCCCCCGGACAGCUCCCGAGGCCUGCACGGCGGCCCUAACCACGAUCGAAAUCACGUCCGGAGCGACCGUGGCCCCCCGGAGAGCUCCCGUGGCCUGCACGGCGGCUCCAACCACGACCGAAACCCUGGCUGCCCCAAUCGCGCCUUCCGAGGUCCCCCGGACAGCUCCCGAGGCUUGCCCGCUGCUGCCACCUCGUCCACCAUGUUGUCAGCCAAGCAGAAGGUGGCUUCCCACAAUGGUCUCCUUCAAAGGCCUGCGCGCAGGGCCUGUCCUUGACACCGGAACGGCCGCCCCCACCACCAUCCCCAAAAGAAGUCAACAUCGGCACAUCCUUGGAGCGAAGCGCCCGGGUGCCUCGUGGUUCCAGUUUUCAUUUCAAGGCACAAUCUCAGCACAAGGAUGUAUGCUGAAACGAGUUGAGGCGUGCCACUGAGACAAAGCUGUGCUUUGCUGCCGUCUUGUGGCCUAAAUCUUUUGUGCUGUUCUGUGGGUGGGAAUUACUCACGUUUUUGCUAUUAUGUCAGUUGUAGGGGUGGAGGCUUUGAUACUUUAGCGACAGAGUGGUCAUUUUCAGACCAAUCACUUAUUGCCCACAUGUGUAGGUGAAAAUUGCAAAGCCACAAAGAGGAGACAUUGUGGACAAGGCAAGAGAUAACUUGACUCAUUUGGAAGUUGAUUGGAAAGUCGAAAAAGUACGGCACAUAUCCUCAUGCUGCUUUUCUUCCCUUUUUGGCAUAACAACGUCCAAUUUGCAUCCCUGCGCGUUUUGCUGUUGCCUUUGUCCGGCACACCUUUUUCCAUUUGCCUUUGUAGAAACGUUAAAGGACAGGGAAAUACUUUUCAGUUAAAUGUUAGAAUAAAAUAUGCCACCCUAGUUUUUGUUUUUUUUCUUCAAUAUAAAUCAACUCGUUUUCGUACCGCACGAGUAAAGCUUCCUGCCGUGUGUCGACAGCAAAACGUGAAGGGAAAAAGGUGAAACACUCCUUUGUGGAAGCUUCAGCAUGGCAUCUUGAAGCUAAAGGUGCGGGCAGCUAGAGGCGAUGUCGUCGCUCCGUCAUGCCUCAACGGCCUGGGCACAUGCCCGCCAGUCUGAGGGAAUUGGUCCAUCACUUUGGACCAUGACGGACCGUGAACCCUUCUCCUGCCAGCCGCCGAAUUUUGUAAAUUGCUGGCUGAAAUGAACGCUUUGUUUUCUCCCUAUUCUUUCAUUCAGUCUCCAACCUGUAUAUACAUACAUGUAUGCAUUUUAUAUGUUGGGGCAUCGUGGACGUCUCGUCGCUGAGACAACCAGAAACUCAAGUGCCUGUUCUUCUGGUCUCCCACUGAUGGGUCCUACGCACACGCAAAGCCAUCACAACUGAAUGGCAAAAAUGAACGGACCAAAGAUGUCGACCUCCCUAUUAGCACACUUCAUUGAUUACCAAUAAACCCUUUGCAAUAUGGACUGAA